AUGGGCUCCUGCAAAUUCCGUACACUCUCAUCCAUCAUGUUCUCUCUCCUUUUCCUCACAGUGGUAAUGUCAGUUGAGUUUGAAGUCGGAGGCAAAGACGGCUGGGCCAUUCCCGAUUCGAAGAACGACCAACUCUACGACCACUGGGCUUCAAACAACCGCUUCAAUGUCAACGAUACUCUUCGGUUUGAGUACAAGAAAGACUCGGUUUUAGUGGUGAGUGAAGAGGAGUACAACAAGUGCAAAUCGUCUCACCCUAUAUUCUUCUCCAACAACGGCAACACCGUCUUCAAAUUUGACCGACCGGGCUUGUUCUACUUCAUCAGCGGAGUCGCCGGACACUGCGAGAGAGGGCAGAAGAUGAUCAUCAAGGUUCUAGAGCCCGUGAGCCAGCCGCCACCGCCGCCGCCGUCCAGCGGUGCUGCUGUCGAAACCGUGUCUUCUCCAAUUCUUGUUCUCCUUAUGAUGAUCAUCAUGUCAUUGUUUGGGGCCAUUUUUGUUUGAUUUUUUGGUGCGUUUAGUGGUACUUGUUGAACCUCGUUUUUUAUUUUUAAAAAAAAAGUUAAAUUAGGUGACUGCAAAAGGAACUAGUAGCUUUAUUUUAUUUGGGUCAUGGAAUUUGAUUUUCUUAUCUAAUUUUUUCCUUUGAAACUAUGUUGUAGUG